AAAAAAAUGUCGGCUUCUAACGGAACUUCUCUGAUUCGACAGAAUUUUUCUGCUGAUUGUGAGGCUGCUAUUAAUAAACAAAUAAAUAUUGAACUUUAUGCUAGUUAUGUUUAUUUGAGCAUGAGCUUUCACUUUGACCGUUCUGACGUUGCUUUGCCUAAUUUGGCCAAAUGGUUUCGAAAACAGUCGGAUGAGGAGCGCGGACAUGCCACUACUUUGAUGGCUUAUCAGAAUACUCGUGGUGGACGUGUUAUUCUUCAGAAUGUUCAGAAGCCAGAGAAGGAUGAUUGGGGCACUGCACUUGGAGCUUUUGAAGCCGCUUUGGCACUUGAAAAGUUCAACAACCAGGCUUUGCUUGAACUUCAUAGUCUUUCUUCGCAAAAUAAUGAUCCACAGAUGUGUGACUUUCUGGAGGACAAGUAUUUGCGUGAACAAGUGGAGUCUAUCGAAGAAAUUGGCAAGAUCAUCACGAAUUUGAAGCGAGUUGGAACUGGUCUGGGGGAAUUUAUGUUUGACAAGGAAUUUGACUCUUAAAUGCAACGAAAUGACAUAAUUAAAGAAAGGCAGCGUAAUUAAAAAGAAAAUAAGCAUGUUAUUUUUUAAGUAAACGUAAAUAUAUUUUAAUUUUCCUCUUUUUGGACUUUUCCUAUGGAA